AUGGCUAGAAUGCUAGGGAAGAGCUUUUCGGCUAUCGUGAAGGUGCUUGGUGUAAAAGGCAAUGCUGAUGCGCAUUUACCCCCAGAUAGCCUUAUCCAGCAUAGUAGCGAAGCGAUUUCCCCAUUCGAGCCAUUCAUAGAACAAAUCCCAACAACGAAAGAAUGGAUCCUAGAACAAUUCUCGAACCAAAUCAACCCUAUCUCAUACCUCCAAAGCCUUUUCCCUUUCAUUGGAUGGGUCCGACGAUAUAAUACGCGAUGGCUAAUCGCCGACCUCAUUGCUGGUUGUACACUUAGUCUCGUGAUGAUCCCACAAGGGUUGUCCUAUGCGAUACUAACGAAUCUAACUCCUGAAUUUGGGCUUUUUACCACAUUUGCGGGGGCUUCGCUGUAUUGGAUUUUCGGAACGUCUAAGGAUAUUUGUGUUGGGGCAACCGCCGUAAUAUCUCUACUCGUUGGCAAGACGGGAACCAGUGUUACCGACAAACAUCCUAAUUUUACUCGAGAAGAAGUCGCCAAAACUCACGCAUUCCUCGCUGGCUGUAUUUUUCUUAUCCUUGGGCUCUUGCAAUUAGGGUGGAUCAUCGAGUUGAUACCUCACGUGGCCAUUUCGGCUUUCGUCACCGCCGCCGCAAUUACCAUCGCUCUUGGCCAAAUGCCAAACCUGCUAGGGAUCAGGGACGUCAAUACUAAGGGUCCGGCUUAUCAAGUCUUCAUUGAUAUAUGUAAAGGGCUCAGCCGGGCCAAGCUAGAUGCAGUGGUGGGACUUACAGCCUUGUUACUAUUGAUGUCCAUAAAGUGGCUAUUCCAAUACUUGGCGGUACGGAAGCCUCAUCGGGAAAAGAUGUGGAAUACACUUGCUUCACUUCGACUGUCUUUUACCGUUUUCCUCUACAUAUUGGUCAGUUAUCUGGUUAAUAGGAAUGUCCCGCAAGAAGAUUUCAAAUUCCGCAUACUUGGACACAUCCCAACAGGUUUUGGUCACAUUGGACCUCCGACUUUUCAACUCGAAUUGGUGAAAAGUCUUCUCUCUGAGCUUCCGGCUAUAGUAAUUGUUGUUAUCGUUGAACAUAUUGCUAUUGGCAAAUCCUUGGCUCAGAAGAACGACUACAGCAUAUUACCAUCACAAGAGCUAGUCGCGAUCGGCGCAAUAAAUUUAGCUGGCCCGUUUAUUGGUGCUUACGCUUCAACGGCUUCAUUCGGCGGUAGCGCUUUGCUAUCGAAGGCGCGUGUUAAAACACCCCUGGCCGGGAUUUUUAAUGCCUUUAUUCUCGUCCUUGCUUUAUAUGCGUUAGGUCAGGUCUUGUACUGGACUCCAGUUGCUACUAUGGCGGCUCUCAUAAUACACGCCGUGAUCGAUUUACCCAUGUCUCUUGAUGAGCUGCGUAAAUUAUGGCUGAUAUCGCCACCAGACCUUGUCAUCUACACUAUCGGACUCCUGGCGUCUAUUUUUAGUACACUUGAGAACGGAAUCUACGUGACUACGGCCUUAUCUGCGUGUCUCAUUUUCAUCCGGCUUCUUCGUGGCCAGGGGCAGUUUCUUGGACGUGUUCAAGUUCACCAAUACCCAAACUCACACACAAGAAGCCCAGUUGCAGCUGAUGCACCAUUUACAUCGGCAAACCCUCCUAGAGAAGCUUUCUUCCGGCUCGAUCGAAAGGAUGCAUCUAACCCAUCCAUCUAUGUUGAAUCUCCUCGUCCAGGGGUAUUCAUUUAUCGUUUCCCUGAAGGUUUCAAUUACGUCAAUCAAUCCCAGCACAUGGAGUUUCUUCUGGGAUAUGUGACAAAAGAAACUUGCCGAACCACUGUACUUGACUACAAGAAUCCCGGUGACCGACCGUGGAAUGAGUGUCCCUCCUCUCGUCCUCAAGAAUUAUCAGACCAGCCCGGCUCAGAGACCAUCAAGCCAACUCUCAAAGCGCUAGUCUUUGAUUUUUCUACUGUGAGCAACAUCGACGCCGACGCAAUAAAUGGAUUGAUCGUUCUUCGCAAGCAACUAGAGCGCUGGUCAUCCCCAGAAACUGUCCAGUUACACUUUGCAAGUGUAAAUGACCGCUGGGUGCGCAGGGCGUUGGCUGUAGCUGGGUUCGGUUACCCAAGGGGUAGAGAGUUGGAAGCCCCUAUUCCCUGGAGUCCAGUAUUCAGUCUUGCAAAGAAAACAAUGGGAACGACUUGUACAACACUAGGAGAAUCCCUUAUUGAACCUACGAGAAUAGCUAUGACUAUUGAAAAUCUAGAAAAUGUACAGUCAGGUAUUGAAGCAAUCCCGAUGGGCACUGGACAACUGGCAGCUACGCAUGGUAUCAACUAUCCUAACUUUCAUGCAGAUCUGAUGGCUGCAGUUCGGGCUAUUUCUGUGUUCGCUACUCAAGACGGGAUCUGA